UCAGCCGCUCCCUUCCUUUCUCCAAAUCUAAGCACCUUGAGCCGCCACAAAUCAGCCCUGGGUGGCGUCGAUCCCUCUCCUGCAGCUUCCGGCCACUGUUAAAAGCUAAACCCUAAAAGAAAGGGCACUAUGUUCGUAUACAAGGCACAAAGAGAACAUCAACACUAAACCUUGUGUAAACAUGCCAACAGAAAAAGGCACCAGUUGAAAUCCCAGCUUCUCCUCUCGCCUCUCUGUAGCUGCUGCUCCUCUACUCUCAUCCUCCGUGGCUACAAUACCAGUUAACUCGAAACCGUUCUUGAACAAUUUGACUUGAAAGACUGUUAUAGUGAAGCUCAAGUGGGGGAUGGAAUACAAAGGGUUUCUUGCCUCUGUUGAUUCAUACAUGAACUUGCAGCUUGGCAAUGCUGAAGAGUAUGUUGAUGGACAGUUCACCGGGAAUUUAGGGGAAAUAUUGAUCAGAUGCAAUAAUGUUCUGUAUCUUCCUGGGGUACCUGAAGAUGAAGAUAUAGAAGAUGCUGAUAAGGAUUAGCCUAAAACUGCUGGUUCACAUAUGGUUCAAAUAUAAUCUUCUAUUUGGCUAUUAGACUAAAACUGCUGCAACUUUUGUUUUUAUCGUGGUUGAAGGUUAGUGUGUCAUUCGACUGACCGACCGAACUGCUGUGUAGUUAACUGUGCUUUGUUUGACUCGUCUCUCCAACAUUAGUAGGAAGUAUUGCAGCUUUAAGAUUCAAGCUAUAUGAACUGUGUAGAGCAGAAAUGGUUCUUAGGUUGUUUGCUGUUGUGUUUAGAACCAUUUAUUCCGGAAAGAAAUUGCAUUUGAUGGCCAACUUAAUCGAGAUUUAUGGUAUAGAAUUAGAAUU